UGUGAUUCGAUGACAUGGGAGAGGUUUUUCUGGGCAUGGCACAUAGUUAAUACGAGAUCCAUUUUCUCAGCCUUCGAUAAACCUCAUGCAUCCAUCGAUGGUGAAGAAGGAAAUUCGUUGGCUGUUAUUCCUUUUGUUGAUAUGUUCAAUCACAGUAAUGAUUGUAAUGCGUAUGCCUGCUGGGAUAGCAUCGCUCAGCGUUAUAAAAUAAUAAGUUGCAAAUUAAUAGCGAAUAAGAAACAAAUAUUUCUUUGCUACGGUGCUCACUCAAAUGAUGUCUUGUGGAUGGAAUAUGGUUUUACAUUACCAAAUAAUAUAUGUAACAAAGUUAAUAUUAGUCAUGAAGUGAACAAUGUUGAGAGCGAGAUUUCUAUGAAAAUAUUAAAACGUUUAAGGGAGCACUUCAAAAAAAAAGCUGAUUGUGUACCGCCGAAGUUUCAGUCAUUGUGGAUUGAUCAGAUAUCAAUUAUUGAAAUAUUUCUUUAA